UGUAUGAUGAAAAUUAAGCUAUAGUCAGCAGUUGGUUAGCUUAGCUUAGCAUAUAGACUGGAAACAGGUGGGAAAGGCUAGCUUGGCUCUAUAUACGUUUAAUUAUUCCUUAAAUUUGGAAAAUUAAAGACUGAAGCUGAAACAAUUGGUUGAUUAGUCAGAAACAAACAUUUCAGUUCUGUCUGUGAUAUGAUAAAAUGAUCUGUAAGUAGCAGUCAUGCCGAUGUAUCAAUCAGGCUGCAACACAAGCUGCUUCUGCAUUACGUAAAAGAAAGUAAGUUCACUUGUGCUCUGUAAUGUCUUGAUGUCUUUCGAUCCCAGCGUCUCCUUGUUGUCCUUCGACUGCUGCUCACAGGGACGACACACCUGAAUGAAGAUGCUCCGCCUGGUGCAGCAUUGACCUCAUGCUUUGUAAUCUCUUUAUCUGUUCUGUUCAGCCACAGUCUAAGGGGGACAGGGAGCUAAUCUCUGUAGGAACAUUGGGUAAUACUCUUGCAUAACAUUUCAUCUUCACGGAGGCCAGUCAGUUCAACCUUGGCUGCACAGCACAACCGUUUCUCUCACACAGGUGUCUUCUCCUCAACCUGCAACCCAGUGCAUCCUGGUCACAUACAGGCGCACUGUAGAUACCAAUACAUGCACAUGUCCGUCAUGUGUUGCAUGUUUUUGGCCUUAUUUUUGCCACCACGAACUGUUGUUAACCACUUGAAGGGAUUGGGGUAGACCUAAGUUAAAACAGGAUUAGAGUUCAUGACACCACGUUAAUCCUUCAUCCUUCAUUGAGGAGGAAAGGCUGUAAACAGGGAGAGGUGAAGGCUGAGGGGUGUGGCCAGGGAAGGCCGGACUGACUGUCCAUUUCAGUGAUGGCUCAAACGCACAUGCCCCUUCCCCUCCUGUGUCUCUGGCCACCAGUGUACAGCAGUCUGUUAGAGAGAGAAGAGAGGGGUGGCAGCGUUCUGCUCAGUGGACUGAGACUUUUUGAGAUGUUGUGACACAAACUGAGUCAGACUUCAGCAUGUGUGAAGAAAAUUAAUUUUUCUUGGUGAUAUUGGGCCAAAAGAAGUACUUUUCUUUCUUAAUUUUUUUGCUUGCAAUGGACUCCAUGGCUGUGUUUUGAUGCAGAGCACCACUUUUGAAACUUGAUGACCCUAUCUCUGACCCGCUAGAGAAAUGCCUGGAGGCCAGUACCAGGUCACAAGCACCAGGCUCCACCACAGCCUUUACAGCUUGACGGACAGCUCUGAAGCCGGCCCCGAGGAUGAUGAGGCCGAGACCACGCUGCGCCUCACCCCCCUGCAGAAGCUCACCACUGACAUGUGCAAGGACGAGAAGACCAUCAAGGAGCUGAUCGUAGGUCGCAGGGUGGGCUUCUACAAGGUCCGUGGGGAGAUCGGUUAUGGGACCUUCUCCAGGGUCAAACUGGCUUUCCACGCUCUGACUAAAGACAAAGUGGCCCUGAAGAUCCUGGAUAAGAUGAGGCUGGACAUCCAGGCCCAGCGUCUGCUCUCCAGGGAGAUCAGCAGCAUGGAGACCCUGCAGCACCCCAACGUGGUGCGUCUGUACGAGGUGGUGGAGACACCGAGCCGCCUUUACCUGGUGCUGGAGUACGCAGGCGGAGGAGACCUGCACAACAGGAUCUGCAACGAGGGAAAGUUUUCUGACAACAACAGCAAGAUCACCUUCGCCCAGAUCCUCUCUGCCAUCAAAUACAUGCACAACAUCAACAUCAUCCACCGGGACCUGAAGGCGGAGAACGUUCUGUUCACCAGCGGUGGCUGUGUGAAGGUGGCUGACUUUGGCUUCAGCACGCAGGUCUCAAACCGCAACAAUGCCCUCGACACCUUCUGCGGCUCUCCACCCUACGCGGCCCCGGAGCUCUUCAGGGACGAGUGCUACCUGGGGCCCCCGGUGGACGUGUGGGCCAUGGGCGUCCUGCUUUUCUUCAUGGUGACCGGCACCAUGCCGUUCCGUGCUGACACCAUGGGCAAGCUGCGGCGCUGCAUCAUCGAAGGCGCCUACGCCGUCCCUCCCUGGGUGCCCGGGCCCUGCCAGAAGCUCAUCAAGGGCAUUUUGAAGACAGUCGCGGCCGAGCGCUACGCUGUCGACCAGAUGAUGGGCUGCGAUUGGCUCUUACCUGUGGAGUUUCCCUGGUCGUUGCUGCCUACCGAACCAGUGAGCCCUCUGCAGAACCUGCUGGACUCGGAGUACGGGGACCUGGAAGAGAUGGUGGAGGAGGUCAGGGGCUCGCUGGAGGAGCUCGGCUUUACCACGGAGCACCUACGAAACAAUCAGCCCAAAGACAGCCGCAACCCCUUCACCGGGGUUUAUCGAAUCCUGCUGCACCAAGCCCAGAAGAGAAGGGGCUGCGACUGCCCCCCUGUGGUCCGAGGCAUGGUGAGGGAUCCCAAGAGGGAGGGGCUCCGGGCCUACAGGGGCCUCCGACACACCUCCAAGUUCUGUGUGCUUUCAUAAGAGAGAAGCUUCAGCACAGUUUUUAUACAGGCUUUUAUACCAACAGAACCAGUAGCAUUAGUGAUUUUUUUUAUUUUACUUUGUGUAGUUUUUACAGACAAAUACUUUUUGAUAAAUGUAUUUUACUCCUUCCAAUGCAGCAUUUUGUCAUAGCCUAACCUGUGAGUGAAAGUGCCUAAUGAAAUGAAACAACAGUGAUAGUUGUUGCUCCUUGCAGGAACAGUGAAUUUAGAUUCAUCCUGUAAAACCAUCCUGCAAUAUACAGUAUCUAUAGCAAUGAAUCUGCUGAUCAUGACUGUCUGCUUAAUUGAUUAAUCAUUUGAUCCAGUGAUUACUUGAAGGGAAGCAGUGCUGCUCAGUGUAGUUUAUGGCCUUAGUGUCAGUGUGGACAUGAGUUGUCAGCAGUCCAACUGAAGACUCAGGUCUGAAGAUGUAAAUAAGUUUAUUUCAAAUUUUUUUAAUCUUCCUGGGUCCCAAUGGGGGUCCCAUCCCUUAUGUUGAGAACUUUAUUCUGUAAAAUGUUGGAAAAUAAAAUAAUGAGAAUUGCCCUUAACAGGUUUUCCCUAAUGCAUUAAGUCUUACAUGUAAAAUAUGAUAUUUGUGCACAUGAUUUUGGCCUUUCCUUUUGAGCGCACAGAGGACUUUCAGGAAAUAUUCAAAUAACAAAUGUUAAAGUUUCUUAAAGCUUACACCCACUUAAACCAUUUCUGUCUCUUAUUGUUUAUGAAAAAAGAAAUAAAGUGA